CCAGUUUUCUGUUCCCCUUCGUUGCUGAGAUGGCUUGAAAGAUUGGUCUGAUGUGUUUUGAUCUCUGCUGCCAGGGGCCUUAGGGAAUUGCCAGCGAUCUACAACGUGGCGACAUGAAUUCAGUGACUUAUAAGGACGUGCAUUUGAACUUCACUCAAGAGGAGUGGGCUCUGCUGGAUCCUUCCCAGAAGAAGCUCUACAAAGAUGUCAUGUUGGAGACCUACAGCAACCUCAAUGCUAUAGGCUUUAAUUGGGAAGUCCAAAAUAUUGAAGAACAUUAUCAAAGUUCUAGAAGACACAGAAGGCGUGAAAGGAGUCAGAGUGCAGAGAAACCCUCUGAAUAUACUCAAUGUGGUAAAGCCUUUGCUUUACACGCUGACAGUCAUGCCCAAAGGAAUGAAAGGAUUCAUACAGAAAAGAUUCCGUCUGAAGUUACUCAGUGUGUCGAAGACUUUUUACCUUAUAUAAGUCUCCAAAUACAUAAAAGAACACAAACUGGACAAAAACCCUAUGAAUGUAGUCAAUGUGGUAAAGGAUUUACAAUGCACAGUCAUCUUAAAAUGCAUGAUAGAAUUCAUACCAGAGAGAAACCCUACAAAUGUAAUCAAUGUGAUAAAGCCUUUUCCCAGAAACAUAGUCUCCAAAUACAUAUAAGAAUACAUACUGGAGAAAAGCCCUACAAAUGUAAUCAAUGUGAUAAAGCCUUUUCCAAUAAACAUAAUCUCCAAACACAUAUAAGAAUACAUACUGGAGAAAAGCCCUACAAAUGUAAUCAAUGUGAUAAAGCCUUUUCCCAAUCCACUCAUCUCCAAACUCAUAGAAGAACACAUACUGGAGAGAAACCCUUCAAAUGUAAUGAAUGUGAUAAAGCCUUUGCAAAACACUUUCACCUCCAAAAUCAUAAAAGAACACAUACCAGGGAGAAGCCUUACAAAUGUAAUCAAUGUGACCAAGCAUUUUCACAACACAGUAAUCUCCAAGUUCAUAGAAGAACACAUACCGGAGAGAAACCCUACAAAUGUAAUGAAUGUGAUAAAGCCUUUUCCCAAUACGGUAAUCUCCAAACUCAUAGAAGAAAACAUACUGGAGAAAAGCCUUACAAAUGUACUCAAUGUCACGAAACCUUUUCACAACACAGUAAUCUCCAAACUCAUAGAAGAACACAUACUCGAGAGAAACCCUACAAAUGUAAUCAAUGUGAUAAAGCCUUUUCAAAAUGCUUUCACCUCAAAUCAUAAAAGAACACAUCCUGGAUAAAAGCCUUACAAAUGUACUCAAUGUCACAAAGCCUUUUCACAACACAGUAAUCUUCAAAUUCAUAGAAGAAGACAUACAGGAGAUAAACCCUACAAAUGUAAUCAGUGUGACAAAGCCUUUUCCCAACCUCGUAACCUCCAAUCAUAUAGAAGAAUUCAUACUGGAGUGAAAUCUUACAAAUCUUAAUUUGAAAUCUUACAAAUGUAAUGAAUGUGACAAAGCCUUUUCCCAUCAUCAUAAUCUACAAAUUCAUAAAAGAAGACAUACUAGAUGGAAACCUUACAAGUGUAAUGAGUGUGUGAAAGUCUUCAAAACAUGGUCAUCUUCAAAAGAAUAAAGCAAUCCAUACUGGAGAGAAAAGCUACGAAGGGAAUGGAUGUGAGAAAGCCUUUUAACAACGCCAUCAUUUCUGAAUGCAUAAGUGGACAUACUGAAGAGAAAGACUAUGGCUGUGAUCAGUCUUAAUCGUCAUGACCAUAUUUGUAUUGGCAAGAAUCCUUCUGAGUAUAAGCAGUGUGGUAAAGCCUAUGCCGUGCAAAGUUACCUCCUAAUUUGGCAAGGAACACAUACUGGAGAGAGAGACUGACAGAUAGAGACCUUAUAAAUAUACACAAUGUGGUAAACUUUUGCAUAUCACAGUUAUCUUCGAAUACAUGAAAGGGCACAUAAUAUAUCUCAGAAUACCUAAAAGCCACACUGGAGAGAGAAUCUGUGUGAACAAUGUUACAUAGAAGAAUAAAUACUGGAGUGAAAUCCAUAUAGAAGAAUCACAUAAAGAAUAAAUACUGGAGUGAAAUCUUAAAAAAGUAAUGAAUGUGACAAAGCCUUUUCCCAUUAUCAUAAUCUUCAAAUUGUUACCACAUUAUUCACAUAGUACUUUGCUGUUGACAUUUAUCUCAUAAUGUAUAAAUUAACACAGACUUGUAAGAUACCUGAUAAAAAUAAGGAAUGUGGUGAACCUUGUGUGUGCAGCAGUCGUUUUUUCUUGAGAAAAAUCCAUGUUGCAGGGGAAACAUGUAAAUGGAGCCACUGUGUAAAAAUUUUGUACGUCACAGU